CUACUCUUUCAUAGCGUCACGCAUGUGACAACUGAAAAUUUUAUUAGAUCCAAGUCAUGAUGAGCAUCUAUGGAAGUCUUCCAAAUUAAUUGGCCUCAAAACAAUCAAAGAAACUUCAGGGAAAUCUCAACCUUCCAAGACAAGAAAUCAAACCUAUCCCUUUCUUAUUUUAUUGUUAAUUUCCAACCUAAGCAACAAGCACUCCUUCUCUAACUCUAGACUCAACCACUCUUCUCAUUUGCCACCUAAAUUUCUUCUCUAAUCUCUAAUCUCUACCACUAGAUUCAAAAGCUCUCACUCCUUACCCAAAACCCAUCUUACCACCAUCAAUAUCAUUGCUAAUCACCACCGUCACCACCACCGCCACCACUUUUCGGAAGCCAAAAAUGUCUAAUCUCAGGCCAAGACCCACACCCACGAAGCAGCCAUCCAUAUCUGCCACCCCAAAAGCCCCACUACAACGUCAACAAUCUUUGUCACAAAGUGCAGUCUCCCAAACCUUUACAGCCACAGCAAACCUUGCCAAGCAUCUCCCCACAGGCACCCUCUUAGCCUUCCAACUUCUCAUACCGAUCUUCACCCAAAACGGUGUGUGUGACUCUGCCACUCGCCCCUUGACAAUCAUCCUCCUCCUCCUCCUCGGCCUCUCCUGCUUCCUCGCGUGCUUCACCGACACAAUCGAGGCAUCGGAUGGGCAAGUCUACCACGGAUUUGCCACCUUCAAAGGGCUCUGGCUGUUCGACUAUCCCGACCCUUCGGGCACAGGGUUGCCGGAUUUGAGGAAGUAUCAAAUAAGGUUCAUAGAUGUUGUUCAUGCUGUAUUAUCAGUGCUUGUGUUUGGUGCUGUUGCUUUGAGAGAUAAGAAUGUGUUGCAGUGCUUUUAUCCAACUCCUAGACAUGAGACUCAGGAGGUUUUGGACAUUGUUCCUCUUGGUGUUGGCCUCAUUUGCAGUUUGUUGUUUGUAGUUUUCCCCACCAGAAGGCAUGGCAUUGGAUUCCCUGUCACAUCAGGCAAAGGCAAAGAAGAAAAGUAGAUCCUUUUUUGUUUUUAAAUGUUAUAUAUCACGUUGCAACGUGUAGUACCCAUUGUACCUUUAAUUUACUUUUAUCUCAUUACGGUGACUUGACAGAGUCUAA